GUCAUUAUCCUACGACUCUAUGCUGUUCAAACGUGAACCGAAGGAGACGGAGUGAGCUGCUUGUAACAACAUGACUGUGUGUCACUUCUUUCUCCAGGGACGUUGUCGUUAUGGCAAUUCAUGCUGGAACGAACACCCGGGAGGUGGUGGUGGUGGUGGAGGAAGAGGAAGCGGAUACAACAGCCCCUCGUCUCCGCCGCAGUCCAGAGGAGGUGGAGGCUUUGGGAACAAGGUUUGGGUGAAUCCGGCUCAACAAAAGGGAGGCUUCGGCCAGCCGGCGUCCUCCCGUGGGACUGAUCAGUGGGGUGGGAGAGGACAAGACGAGAAGAGCUUCUCUUCGCACAACAGAUUCUCCACACUCGCCGACCACAAUGACUAUGAGCGGGGAGGAAGAGGAAAAGGAGGACCAAGUGAAGACGAUGAGCAAAAACUGGAGAUCAUUCAGAGCGACAUGGCCGUUUGGGAGAGCUCAGGCCAGUGGGGCUUCUCGUGUUACAGCGCCUCCAAGGCGUCACUAUCUGGCUUUGCAGACCUUUCUCCAGAGGAACUGAGGCUCGAGUAUUACUCCUCCAAAGGAUCAGGAGACCUGAAGAGUUAUCUCAAUGGAAUCAAUCAGUUGCUCAACCAGUGGAGAAACAGAGUCCAGGAGCUGAAGAUAAUGAAUCCAUCGACUCGUGCAGCUUUGCUUGCAGAACUAAAAAAUCCAGCGCCUCAAUUGUCGGCUAGUGGAUUCGGCUCAGCACCAACUGGAUUCGGGUCCUCCGCCUUAAAUUUUGGUAGUAAAGGGUUCGGGGCACCAGCAGCCCAGGCCAGUACCUUCAGUUUCACAUCUCCAGCGGCAGCAGCAUCCUCUCCUGGUUUCGGCAGCGCCAUCCCGGCUCCGACACAACCCCCCUCUGGGUUCGGCAGCGCCAUCCCGGCUCCGACACAACCUCCCUCUGGGUUCGGCUCCUCCUUCGCCGCAGGUUCUGCUGCCCCGGCGGCGUCGUCCUUCUCCUUCGCUUGCCCGUCCGGCAACAAACCCGCAGCUUCGUCUUUAGGAUUCGGCUCGGCCGCCGGUUUCAGCUUCUCCUCCGCUGCAGCCGCUGACAACAAAGCGGCGUUUGGAGGCGGUUUCGGGUCCGGCCCGUCCGCGGGAAGCUUGUUCGGACAGACGCGGGCCCCCCCAGCAGCAGCCGGAGCCUCGGACGGGCUGUUCUCCCCUGAGAGCGAUCUGACCCAAGAGGAGCUGGGCCAGUUCAAGGCUCAGAGGUUCACUCUGGGCCAGGUCCCUCUGAAGCCGCCUCCCGCUACAAUGCUUCAGGUUUGAUGCGCUCAUGAAUUAUUCAUGCAGCUAUUAAAAAAAAAAAAAGUCCACUUUCAUGGUGAAAAAUAGCAAGACACACAGACUGCACAUCUUUUUGCAUUUUUAGUGUCUUUUUAAAUACCCAAAUGAUUCAUAUCCUGGCCAAAUUUUAGCUUUUCACAUCCAAAUACAAGUAGUAAAACAUUUUUUAUUUUUUAUUUUAACUUUUCAAGUCUCAGCAGUUAACAUCUUUUAAUAGUAAAUAAGUUAAUUACUGCAAAACAGGCCACAUUUUUCCGCCAUUUAAAAAUUAUUCCUAUCUCGAAUGUUCAGGCUCAUUUAAGCCUUUUUUGCACUAUUCUAAAUGAUUUUGGAAGCUUCUAGGAUGGCCCUAAACCUCCAUAAAAUAAUAACAGUAGAUAGUUGGCCUGUGUUGAAAUGUGAAAAUUUAACACCGAGCACGACCACAAGUUUGGCUCACUGUUUGCUGUAUUGUCUGUAAUUGUUUUAAGGACAUUUGAAAUGUAUAUUUUGCUAACACCGAUCAUAUGCUCACAUUGUGCCGUGUACAUAUAUAUUUUUAGAAAACUUAAGUAAAGCAGUGUGCCACUA